AUGCAUUCUUGGAUAAUUAAUAAUCGGAAGGGCCCCAACUACCAAAAUUUUUACUCUGCUACCAAAGAAAAAGAAUCAGUGACUUCCUCUGCCAGUUUGCAAGCAAUGUCAGUCAUUUUAUACAGUUACUGUACAGUGAGCAUUGAGGUGGAUAACGAUGAAAGUGAUGAUGAGGAACAGGAUGAAGAAACAGAUGAUUCCAGCUCAAAGGUGGAACCACAAUGCACAAAGAAGUCAGCAGGAAGGAACAGAAAUGGAAAGAGAAAAAUUGAACAAGAAUCAGAGGAGCAAUCUGAUGACUCAGAGGAGGAAGAAGAAGAGCAAAGUAGAAAGAAAAAUGUGCAAAAUAGAAACAAAUUAACUAAUAGGAACAACUCAAAUGAAGCAGAGGAACAAGCAACUAAAAGUACGAAGAACAAGAGAAAUGCAAAAUUUAAGAAAAAGGAUUCUCAUAAUGAUGAUCAUGAUGAUGAGUCACUGGGCAAGAAAAAGAGAGGAAAAAGUGACAAAAAGCAAAUGGACAGUGAGAGUGAAGAGGAGGACACCAAGAAAAGGGGCAAGAGAAAAGAUAAGAAUGGCAAAAAAGCUGUAAAUAAAGGCAAAAUCAAUAAAAAUAAAUAUAGUUCAAGCUCAGAAGAAGAAUCUGAGGAAGAAGAAGAAGUUAUUACGGAAGAAGAUAUGGCCAAGUUGAAGGAUCAAGUUGAAGAAAAAAAGAAAUUAAUUGCAACUUUACGAAACAAACCCUCACCUAUGAAACAGAAAUUACAAUUACUAAAAGAAGCUCAGGAAUUUGUGGAGAAAUUUGAAGGAGCACUUGGGAAAGGAAAAGGCAAAAAGUUUUAUGCCUACAAAGUGAUGAUGACCAAAAAAUGGAUGAAAUUUCAGCGUGACUUUGAGAACUUCAAAACUGCUUGUAUUCCAUGGGAAAUGAAAAUAAAAGAGAUUGAAAGUCACUUUGGUUCAUCAGUUGCUUCAUAUUUCAUCUUCUUGAGAUGGAUGUAUGGAAUCAAUAUGGUUCUGUUUGGAUUGACCUUUGGUUUGGUAAUGAUCCCUGAGGCUCUGAUGGGAAAGCCAUAUGGCAGCAUGCCAAGAAAAACAGUUCCAAUGAGUGAGCAAGACUCAGCCAUGAAUUUUGCAACAUUGUGGGAUUUUGGGGGCUAUGCACAAUAUUCUGUCCUUUUCUAUGGUUACUAUAAUAAUCAGCGGACAAUUGGAUGGCUGAAAUUCAGGCUACCUUUGGGCUACUUCCUGGUGGGAGUCGGUACAAUUGGAUACAGCUUCAUGGUAGUGAUUAGGACAAUGGCAAGCAAUGCAAAUGAAGAAGGUGGCGGAGAUGACACAAGUUUUAAUUUCAGUUGGAAGAUGUUCACAAGCUGGGACUACUUGAUUGGCAAUGCAGAAACUGCAGACAAUAAAUUUGCCUCAAUCACUACCAGUUUUAAGGAAUCUAUACUUGAAGAACAAGAGAACCGGAAGGAAGGAAAUAUCCAUUUAACCAGAUUCUUACGUGUUCUUGCCAACUUCUUGGUACUCCUCACUCUUGCUGGAAGUGGCUAUCUUAUUUUCUUCGUUGUCAGAAGAUCUCAAAAAUUUGCACAGGAGGGACUGGAUGACUAUGGAUGGUGGGAAAGAAAUGAAGUAAAUAUGGUCAUGUCAUUGCUGGGCAUGUUUUGUCCUAUGUUAUUCGACAUCAUUAGUCCUUUAGAGAACUACCAUCCACGAAUUGCACUCCAGUGGCAAUUGGGCCGCAUUUUUGCUUUGUUUCUUGGUAACCUCUACACAUUUAUUAUCGCAUUAUUGGAUGAAAUUAACCUUAAGCUCGAAGAGGAAAAGAUUAUUAAAUACAAUAUUACCAUCUGGGAGAAGAAUCUUUAUAAUGGAACUUGGUUGGAGAACUCAACUUCGCGCCCUCCAUUAGAUAUUGAUCCUGCAAUUGUACCCAGAGGGCCUUGCUGGGAGACCAUGGUGGGGCAGGAGUUUGUACGGCUCACUGUUUCUGAUACAUUGACAACAGUCAUAACUAUACUGAUUGGAGAUUUCCUUCGUGCCGUUUUUGUCAGAUUUGUCAAUUACUGCUGGUGUUGGGACCUUGAAUAUGGAUUUCCAUCCUAUGCAGAAUUUGAUAUCAGUGGGAAUGUUCUGGGUCUGAUCUUCAAUCAAGGAAUGAUAUGGAUGGGUGCCUUUUACGCUCCAUGCCUUCCAGCUAUCAAUGUUCUACGUCUCCUGGCUUCCAUGUAUCUACAGUGCUGGGCCGUCAUGUGCACCAAUGUUCCACAUGAACGUGUGUUCAAGGCUUCAAGAUCAAAUAACUUCUACAUGGCCAUGCUGCUGAUUAUCUUGUUCCUGUCAACAUUGCCUGCAGUUUAUACCAUUGUUUCAAUACCACCAUCCUUUGAUUGUGGGCCAUUUAGUGGGAAAGAGAGAAUGUUUGAUGUUAUUCAAGAAACACUGGACAAUGACUUUCCAGCAUGGUUUGGGAAAGUUUUCACUGCUGCAACAAAUCCUGGUUUGAUUCUGUCUUUCAUUUUACUUAUGGGUUUGGCUAUCUAUUACCUUCAGGCAACCUCUGAAUCAUAUAAGGCUGCAAACUUGGAAUUAAAGAAGAAACUACAAAAUCAAAGUGAUGAAAAUAAAAAGAGAAACAAAAAGAAUGCCAAAGCUGCAGCGAAUCAGAUGGAAGAACUACAGAAUUCCAUGCAGAAAGUCAACGAAAGAGCAACAGGUGGUGAUGUGGAUAAAAAAGCAAAUGGAGUUAAUUCUUCUAAUCAGCCUUCUGCUCAGGGUGCCUAUCCACCCAAUGGAAGAGGAAUGAGACUCGCUCCUCCACCACGUGUAGCUGUGACUCGACCACCAAGGCCAAGAGGACCUGGCCAGUUGCCAGGACAACCUCAUUACCCAGGACCACAGCAGUACCAUGGAGCUCACCCAAGGAUGCCCAGAGGUGGUGCUGUUUAUAGAUAA